CGACAAUUCGACAUGCACCUGUCAUAUAUCGAUUAUUUAUUUACACCAGCUGGGCUAAUCAACAUUUCACGCUAAGUUCGAUAAAUUAUCUAGGUAAUGACUUCUCACUCAACUUUAUCUGGUCUUAUCGUAAAUCCAUUUUGACGCGUUUAAUUAAGUUAAUAUGUAGCAGAAGCUCAUUCGCGUGAGAAUCGUGAACGCGUCGAUUACUUCAAAUCUUCAAUUUGCACAAUCAUCUAUUACCAUCAAUUUUUUUUAAUUCGGCUCCAAGUAUGCUAUUGUUCAAGAACCUAGUUCAUAGAUCUCAGCUGUUCUUAAAAGCUCAGUCGUUUCCUGCAAUCUCAUGCCUAUCUCAGACAAUAUUUUUGAAAAUGAAGUACUCUACGAGUUUUGAUUCAGAUACGAAGUAUAGAAGAUUUAAUUCUCGUUUCAAGACUAAAAACUAUUACAAAUUCGUUUCUGUGAUCGUUGUGUCUUCCUGUGGGGCUUAUUUAUUGAAAGAUAGAAAAAUUUUCUUGUCAAGUGAUGAAACCAGCUCUAGAAAGCCAUCCUAUCCAAUGUACACUUUGGAAGAAGUAUCUAAACAUGCAACUAAACAGGAUCGAAUUUGGGUAACGUACGAAGAUAGAGUAUAUGAUAUUACAGAAUUCGUAGAUGAUCAUCCCGGUGGAGAUGUUAUUAUGAUGGCUGCUGGAAGUGCAUUAGAUCCAUUCUGGAUAACCUACGGAUUCCAUAAACAGGCUGAAGUAAUAAAAAUAUUGGAGACUUAUCGAAUAGGUAACAUCAGUAAAGAAGAAAGUGCUGAAAGUGUGGCCAAUUUGAUGGAUCCUUAUGACAGCGAUCCUGAAAGGAAUCCGAUACUGAAAAUAAACGCGCACAAACCUUUCAAUGCUGAACCACCUUUACCUUUACUGGUGCAGAAUUUUAUCACACCGUCAGAUUUGUUUUACAUUCGGAAUCAUUUACCUGUACCUUUGGUUGAUGAAAAAGAUUACGAAUUAGAGAUCACUGGAAUGGGUGUUGAAGAAAAGGCAUUAACUUUGGAUAUUUUGAAGUCGAAAUUUGAAAAAGUCUCCGUAACUGCAACUAUUCAAUGUGCUGGAAAUAGAAGGAGCGAUAUGGUCAAGGUAAAGCCAGUAAAAGGUCUCAACUGGGAAGGUGGUGCCAUAGGAAAUGCAGUAUGGUCUGGGGUUCGUUUACGCGAUGUUUUGGAAUUUUGUGGUCUGAAGGAUGUGUCCAAAAUUCGUCAUAUACAAUUUGAAGGAUUGGAUACAGAUCCAACUAAUGUCCCUUACGGUGCUUCGAUUCCGAUAGAAAAACUUUUAAAUCCAUUAUCUGAUGUUAUAUUAGCAUAUGAAAUGAACGGAGAACCAUUAAGCAGGGAUCAUGGUUAUCCACUGAGAGUCAUAGUUCCUGGAGUGGCUGGCGCUAGGAAUGUCAAAUGGCUAGGAAAAAUAAUAUUAUCGGAUAAAGAGAGUGAUUCGCAUUGGCAACAAAACGAUUACAAAGGAUUCUGUCCCAGCGUAGAUUGGGAUACAGUAGAUUUUAAAUCAUCUUUAGCUAUACAAGAAUUACCUGUGAUAUCUGCCAUUUGCGAUCCUUUGGAAGGGCAGAGAGUAAGCUUGCAAAAUGGGAAACUAAUAGUUAAUGGCUAUGCAUGGUCGGGCGGUGGUUGCAAAGUGAUCAGAGUUGACGUUACUGCAAAUAAAGGUCAACAUUGGCAACCAGCUGAAAUAAUUCAACAAGAAAACGCUAAUCCGGGACGUUGUUGGUCAUGGGUAUUAUGGCGAGCUGAAAUUCCUAUGAAUGAGAAUGUUAAUGAAGUGGAAAUUUGGGCAAAGGCCGUAGAUUCUAACUAUAACACGCAACCGGAAAGCUUUGAAAAUAUAUGGAAUUUAAGAGGAGUUCUGGCAAAUGCGUAUCAUCGAGUUAGAGUUAAUGUAAUUAAUAAAGACAAAAUAAGAUGAGAAAUUCAUUCAUGUUAUUUUCUUGCGAAGUUAUUAGGCCAAUUUUAUUUUUUAUUUUCAUUUUUAUAAAGGUGCUCAUUUUAUAAGUAUUAUGUUGGUUGUUAGGUACAAACAAAAUUAUUCGCUUUUAUUUCUAUGUAGUAGGUAAUUAUUUGAUUGUAUUUUUAUCGAGUUAUCAAUGCGAUAACCAAAUUCUUGAUUGUUCAAUUUCAAAUUUUUUUGGUAACUUAUUGUGAUACCCUGCAUUUAAUUCAUUGUGAUUUAAAUUUUUCGUUGAAGUAAUUUAAUUGUGAGCUUAGCUGAUAAGCUUUAUAUUAUUAUUUAUGGUGCAUCACGGUUCACAUACAUAAGUUUCACAUGUACUCAAAUUUAUUAUGUUUCGAUUUCAUGGUAGAAAUGGGAAAUAUAUUUUAUUUUCAUCUUUCA